UUCUCUUUCGCACCGUCCUCGUCCAAUGCAGUGAGCGAUGAAUGUAGUAAAGGUGUUUGUAGUGAUACUUCUUGGAAUUGAUUUGUUAGUGUCAAUAACGGACGGAGAGAGGCUGUGUUCGUGUUAUGCCUUUGGCAAAGGAAAAAAUUAUUGGCCAUAUGCUAAGAAAUUCUGCGAAAAGAGCAACAAAACACUCGUGGUUAUCGAAACAGAGCAGGAAUGGCAAUUUAUUACAUUUGAACUACUAAAUAAAACAGGCAAAAAAGGUGAUGAAUGGUUUAUUGGCUUGGAAAAAGCAACAACAGCACGGGUAUGGACUUGGAUCAAUGGUAAACCCUUGACAAUUGACAAAUGGCAUAAGGUGGGCACAAAUCCUGACACAAGCGACCGUUACGGGCUGAUUCAUAAAGAAUAUCCAGUUGGAUUUGAAGGAUCACUUAGCACCAUUAAAGACCAUAUAGUAAGAAAAUGGAUUUGCGAGGAAGAAACAGCUACCUGUCGAGGCAAUUGUUUCGUCCAUCCAUCGCCAUCCAGCACAAGUCCUUCCCAAACAUCAACUGGGACGAAAGCCGUUACUACACAAGACAAGACGUCAACUGAACAGAAUAUCAUUGACGUAUCAGGUUCUUCGACAACUGUUUCCACCCCUACCACGACGAAGACAACAGACAAAGCGAAAUCAAAAUACAAAGCCCUCGUGGAUGACAACAGAAGUUCUUCCCUCACAGUAGUGAUUGUAGCCGCAUCUCUAGGCGCAGUGUUCUUCGUAGUGUUGAUCAUUCUCUUUGCAGUCUUAUUACUAAGGCGGAAGAAACGUCAGGGAAAAGAUGCAGAGAGCGCACCGCCGAAGAAGUCAACGCCGAACUGGUCGAAGCCGCAAAGCUUCUUGGGUCAGCAAACAGCACUCCUGAAGCAUCACCAAAAAAUUGUGAAUAUGCCGUUGUCAACAAGGCAAACAAAAAGCGAAAGGAGGCAGACCUGAUGUACGCUCAACUCGCCGAUUUUAACAAUGAAACUCACGCCGGCAAACCACCAAAACCACCCAGCUAUGAGCCCACGAUAUAUGCUGAUGUUGAAGAACUGCCUCCGGAGUUGCCUGGAAAAGAGGACCCAGACUCUUCACAGCCAACCUAUGCGAAUCUGGAAAAGGCUGGUGUCUAAAUGAAAUAAGAAAUGAAAUAAAUGUAUGUUUAUUUCCAGUUUAGAAUGAUAUAUAAAUGCAUUUAGAUUAAGUUUCCGCCAGAGUGUGACGAGGAAAAGUCUAGAUAUAAUUUUCUACCUUAAGAUAAAAUUUAGUAUUGGUAAAGAUAAGUCCCAUUUGAAUUUUAAGCAUAAAUGUUAGAGGUUUAAGAAAGACUUUGUAUGAGAAAAAUUUUCCUCUUACCAGGCGAAUGGUAGUAAAGAUAACUUGCAGUCUGCAUCUUGCAACUAAAACCGAAUGAUAUAUGGAAUUUGUAAUGAAUUUUUAGUUAAUUAUUUUUUUCCACAAACGCAUUGGACACAAGUUGGCAAUCAUCCACUUGCGUCGUGCAAACGAGAGAGAAUAGAUAUCUUUCCUGCCAUGGAUAACCUAUCGUGGCGUCUGAGCCAAUAGAAGUUUUAGAAGAGUUUUGCUUUUAUGUCUCUGUUUUUUGAUGCAUCAGGGCUCCAUUUAAACUAACCCUGCUAGAUUGGAUGCCCCUGUAUAAAUAUAAGUAUAAAUGAAUAAAAUAUGUAUAUAGUAUUUUA